UCCCGUACUUGGUCUUCAAACUCAAUUGGGCUGCGCUUUUGUCUUUGGUUUUCUCCCCUUUGCUCUCGCUAUUCUGAUUUUGCUCCAUAUCUGCACGAUGCCCAUGUCUUAUAAGUUACGCCUGGUCUCAAAUCGCCAUGUGUCUCUUGAUUGUUGGGACCUCCACGCAUUUUUUGAAUCGCGAGUUUCCGUAUGGAUUAGCUUAGACGUGGCAAGACACAUGACAAUGCGGUGUGAUGUCUUAAAUCUUAAAUCUGUGUUCUAGAAGUCUCAGGAUAUUGUUUGCUGGUCUAAAUUCUGUCACAGCUUCUGUAAUUACGCAUUAGUUUUCUACAGCAGAAAACUUGAGUACUGCGGAGGAAGCUCCGAAAUUUUGAACAUUCGCAAACGAGUGAGAAAAGUUGAGAGACUGUGGAUUGUAAUUGUCGAAGCUUGUGAUGCUAUCGGCCGCUCACAGGACUUCAGGGUGCCGGUUCUGACGAACUUUCAGCCCAGUACAGGGCUCCAACUCAUGUUCCUUCGCUCCCAAGGACAUCCUCCCUACAAUCACUGUAUCGAAUUACUCGUACACUUUCGUGAGGUCCUGGUUGAACUACUGCACCUCCUUUUUACAUCCGUAUGCUCUCAUACUCAGCAGCUUAAGACCUCGAUUACAAGUCCUGGAGUGGUUGGUCCUCGAAUUGGGGUUUUUGUUUUUGAAUUUCAGGGUUGCGGCAGGAAUAGUUUUUAAUUGAGAGUAAGUGGGAGGUGCAACCUUUUGAAGAAAAAAAAUAUAUAUCUAUAUAUAUAUAUAUAUAUAUAUACAUGACUCGAAAGCCAUGAUUUCCUUGGGUGCUAAUGUAAUUCUUACAAAGAAUCGUAGUAUAUAGAUCAAAUUAUUGUGAGGUUGUGCGAAGUAGCGUGUUUAUCUUAAACCUUCACGAUGUCUGCUAGAGUUUGCAGUUGUAGCUUCGGUGACGUUUAUUUAUUGGAGAGGAUCCGGUGACCAUUUCAGGCAUGCGCGUGGACAGUAUAAAUAUUUACAAAUUUCGACCUAUUAGGUCUGGGCAAACUCAUAGCAUGCUGUACCGAGCUCCUCUACUGCUGCUGAUCGUGGUAUUUCGAUCUGGACACAAACACAUGUUAUUCGGGGCUCUGUUGGUGUUGCUGCCGCUGCCACUUGUGCUACUGGCAUUGCACUUCUUCUUCAAAGCCGAUGGGGACUUCACUCUGACGCUCAAAGGCCCCACACCUCGGGAAGCCAUUGCAGACAAGGUGGUGUGGAUUAUUGGAGCUAGUCAGAACAUUGGAGAAGAGCUUGCCAAGGAGUACGCACGACUCGGUGCAAAGCUCAUUCUCACAUCUCGAAGAGUAAAUGAGUUGGAGCGAGUGAAAGCAGCUUUGAAAGGACAGCAUGCACCAGAGGACGUGGUGGUGUUGCCAGGUGAUGUCUCAGCUGGUAUCGAACAGCUGAAGGAGCUCGUUGAGAAAGCUGAAGCAGCCUUUGGAGGAGCUGGGAUUGACAUCGUGGUGCAGAAUGCUGCCUGUCCGCGCCCAAAACUUUCUGCUGUAGACUUUCCGGACGAUGUUCUUCAGAGAACUUUCGACGUGAAUGUUUUAGGUGUGAUUCGAAUAACACAGCUCCUACUUCCUGGCAUGCUCCGCAGAGGAAAAGGCCAAUUCGUUGUGGUGAGCAGCGUGGCUGGAAAAAUACCAUCUCCUGGACAAACAGUGUACUGUGCGUCGAAACAUGCGCUGAAUGGCUAUUUCAAUUCCCUUCGUGCUGAAGUGCUACAACGUGGAGUGAAGGUCUCUGUGGUGUGUCCUGGUCCAAUCAACACGCCAAGACAUGAAUCCGAGACUUCGGAGGAGUUUUUGGAAAAGCGUGUCACGGUUCAGAGAUGUGCUGAGCUGAUUGUUCGAUCUGGAGGGCAUGACUUGAUGGAAACCUGGAUUUGCCUCCAGCCUAUACUCUUCCUUCUCUAUGUUAUGCAGUAUCUACCAGCUCUUGGUUUCUUCGUUAUUAAUUUGAUUGGACCCAAGCGUGUGAAAUCAUACAACAACCCAUCUGGUGUCCUGAAGAUGAGCUCAUUGUUCAAGAAAUCCUCUUGAUGAGGCAGCAGUGGGGAAGUAGGGAAGUAAUUGUAAACUCUUAGUUAUUGCGGUACAUUGAGUUUUAGUUUCUUUUCUUUGCAUGCACUCUUUCUAUGAAUAUGGUGAUUCCAGCAUUCUUUGCAGCAAGUGAUGGCACUGGCAAAAAGAUUUAGAAUUGUAGAUAAGACACCUGGAUGCUUGUUUUAUGGAACUUGUGUUAUAGUAUAUGUUUAUGGAUGUUAACAAAGUUGAUUUUGGAUA